CGUCCACCAGUGCAUUAACCCUUGUUGUCCGAAGGUCACUGCCUGUGCAACCACUAAAGAGUGUUACCAAAAAAAAAAUGGAUAUUACCGCAGUAAAUGCUCUUAAUUAUGAAGAUUUUGUGAGUAUUUUCGGGAAUGUGGUGGAGAAAUGUCCGAUAAUAACAGCUGCUGUGUGGUCGAGGCGUCCCUUUGUUACCUUAAAUGCUUUGGAGGCUGCAAUCAGUGAGUUCAUCGAUGAUCUUCCAGAAUCAGGUAAAGAGGGGAUCCUCAGGUGUCACCCAGACCUCGCUGGGAGGGACCUCCAGAGCGGCACGUUGACCCGGGAGUCGCGCGAGGAGCAGGCACGAGCCGGUAUGGACGCGCUGAGCUCCGGUGAAGCCUCGCGCAUGUCCCGGCUCAACGAGGAGUACAAGACGCGCUUCGGGUUCCCGUUUGUCAUCUGCGCCCGCAUGAACGACAAAGCGAACAUCUUGCGGCAGCUGACCGAGCGCUGCGGGAACGAGCGCGCCGUGGAGAGGGAACGCGGCAUCGAGGAGGUGAAGAAGAUUUGCCGCCUGCGUCUCCAAGGUCUGGUGCUCUGUGAUGCACCGAACAAACUAUGACCCUUCAUGGAUGGAGUUCAUCUCGGGUUUCCACUGAGCCGCUUCAACCACCAGGAAAAAGUUCCACUGAUGCCAUGCGUAAAGGCAGUGAUAUAUUCUUUAUUCCAAAUGCAUUAUAUGUGUUAUUCAUCCAUCAAACUGUAUAAUUAACAAUAAAACAUGUGCAUCACUGAUUCUAACUGAA